AAAAGCAGCACGAUGUCAGGAAGAGGCAAGGGCGGGAAAGGACUCGGGAAGGGAGGCGCUAAGCGUCACCGUAAGGUUCUCCGCGAUAACAUCCAGGGAAUCACUAAGCCCGCUAUUCGCCGUCUGGCGCGCCGUGGCGGAGUGAAACGUAUUUCUGGCCUGAUCUACGAGGAGACUCGCGGUGUACUUAAGGUGUUUCUGGAGAACGUCAUCCGCGAUGCCGUCACCUACACCGAGCAUGCUAAGAGAAAGACCGUCACCGCCAUGGAUGUGGUGUACGCGCUGAAACGCCAGGGCCGCACCCUGUACGGCUUUGGCGGUUAAACACUCUAACGGCUAACGACGCGAAUACAACGGCUCUUUUAAGAGCCACCCACAUCUCCAGCAAAAGAGUUUAUACCCCUGUAUGUGUCUAAAA